CAACGAUCUUUAUAAAUACAACGACACGCCUCGCUUUUGGGUAAUGUUAGUGUGAACCGGGUUCAGAACAUCAGAGUUUAGAAUUAUAAGACACACUGGGACUGUCGCGGAGGAAUGCUGGGACACGGCGUUUUGCUCCUCGGCGCACUGGUCUGCGCGAGCGGCUACAUCAUUGGCAGCUUCACGCACCUGCAGCUGGAGAUGUCCAAUGAGAACAGCCUUCUCAGAUCCAUCACGCAAGACCUCUGGUACAUUCGCGAGAGUGUCAUGAAGGAUAAAGAAGACCGUGUAUAUCACCCACAACACGAUGAGCUUGAUUCUAUCAAAGGUUACAGGAUGUUCGACGGCCACUACUACAAGCUAGUGAAAUCACCGGGACGUAACUGGGCAGAAGCUCGUGAGUCUUGCCAAGAAGACGGCGGUGACUUGGCGGUCAUCGACUCCCAAGAAGAAGCAGACUUCCUUUUACAGCUCUUCAGUAAAGAUCCUUCAAGAUGGGAUCAGUAUGUGUACGAAGCUUUCGUGGGUGUCACCGACCAGGCUUCGGAAGGAAACUUUUUAACAGUCAACGGCAGGACUCUCAACAGCACGGGGUUCGAUCACUGGCUGCCGAACGAGCCGAACAACGGAGACGGAGUCCGCAGCUCGGAGGAAGACUGCGUGACCUUCCACAAGGGCAGAGCGUACAACGACGUGGACUGCGACCGAGAAAUGCCAUACUUCUGCGAGGUAGCAGAACGGAACUUACGAAAAGAUUACAUUCGAGAGAGUGUCAUGAAGGAUAAAGAAGACCGUGUACAUCACCCACAACACGAUGAGCUUGAUUCUAUCAAAGGUUACAGGAUGUUCGACGGCCACUACUACAAGCUAGUGAAAUCACCGGGACGUAACUGGGCAGAAGCUCGCGAGUCUUGCCAAGAAGACGGCGGUGACUUGGCGGUCAUCGACUCCCAAGAAGAAGCAGACUUCCUUUUACAGCUCUUCAGUAAAGAUCCUUCAAGAUGGGAUCAGUAUGUGUACGAAGCUUUCGUGGGUGUCACCGACCAGGCUUCGGAAGGAAACUUUUUAACAGUCAACGGCAGGACUCUCAACAGCACGGGGUUCGAUCACUGGCUGCCGAACGAGCCGAACAACGGAGACGGAGUCCGCAGCUCGGAGGAAGACUGCGUGACCUUCCACAAGGGCAGAGCGUACAACGACGUGGACUGCGACCGAGAAAUGCCAUACUUCUGCGAGGUAGCAGAACGGAACUUACGAAAAGAUAAACUGGACAAACAUAACAGUGGCGAGAGUGCACAGACGGAUAAAGAAGUCCGUGAACAUCACGAACCACUGGAAGAUCUUAAUACUAUCGGAGGUUACAGGAUGUUCGACGGCCACUACUACAAGCUAGUGAAAUCACCGGGACGUAACUGGGCAGAAGCUCGUGAGUCUUGCCAAGAAGAAGGCGGUGACUUGGCGGUCAUCGACUCCCAAGAAGAAGCAGACUUCCUUUUACAGCUCUUCAGUAAAGAUCCUUCAAGAUGGGAUCAGUAUGUGUACGAAGCUUUCGUGGGUGUCACCGACCAGGCUUCGGAAGGAAACUUUUUAACAUUCAACGGCAGUUCUCUCAACAGCACGGGGUUCGAUGACUGGAUGCCGAACGAACCGAACAACGGAGACGGGGUCCGCAGCUUGGAGGAAGACUGCGUGACCUACCACAAGGGCAGAGCGUACAACGACGUGGACUGCGACCGAGAAAUGCCAUACUUCUGCGAGGUAGAAGAACGGAACUUACGAAAAGAUAAAGUGGACAAACUGAACAGUGGCGAGAGUGCAGAGAUGGAUAAAGAAGUCCGUGAACAUCAACCACAACUGGAAGAGCUUAAUACUAUAGAAGGUUACAGGAUGUUCGACGGCCACUACUACAAGCUAGUGAAAUCACCGGGACGUAACUGGAUAGACGCUCGUGAGUCUUGCCAAGAAGACGGCGGUGACUUGGCGGUCAUCGACUCCCAAGAAGAAGCAGACUUCCUUUUACAGCUCUUCAGUAAAGAUCCUUCACGAUGGGAUCGGUAUGUGUACGAAGCUUUCGUGGGUGUCACCGACCAGGCUUCGGAAGGAAACUUUUUAACAAUAAACGGCAGUACUCUCAACAGCACGGGGUUCGAUCACUGGCUGCCGAACGAGCCGAACAACGGAGACGGGGUCCGCAGCUCGGAGGAAGACUGCGUGACCUUCCACAAGGGCAGAGCGUACAACGACGUGGACUGCGACCGAGAAAUACCAUACUUCUGCGAGGUAGCAGAACGGAACCUGCGAAGAGAUGAAAUUAAAUGAUUAUUUUUUUAAGUGGACAUACAAUCAGUGACAAUUUUUUUAGAUAAAGUUUAAUUUUGCGUGUAAAGUUAUUUUUGUGGGGGGAAAAAACUACGUUGUAUUAGACUAGAUAUCUCUGUAAAAUUAUUAAAUGGCAGCUUUAAUUUGA